CUCCUCCCGUAGCCGUCAAUUCAGAGAGAGGGAGAGAGAGGGAGAGAGGAUGCAGAGGUCUGUCUGGGUACGCACCUUCUCGUCCCCUGCCUGUGUCCACGCCAUCGAAAGCUCCGACGACGAUGGGUCGCAUCGCUCCACCAUGGCCCCAAGCGGCGGGGAGGAAUCACGCAAGAAGAUUGACAACAAGGUAACGAAGCUACUCCUGCCCUUGAAGCACCGACGGCGCAUCUCCCGAGCUUUGAGAUCGCUGUCUUGGGGUGCCAAGGAGGAGGAACCCACCAACAAGAAGGAUGGUGGCUGCGAGGAGCUGAGCGAUACAGAGACGACGUUCGUGUCCGCCAACAGUUCCGAGCUGCGCUCCUCCUCUACGGACGUCGACGAAUCGGAGCCCCCAUCAUUUCGCCUCAGCCCGCCGCCCAUCUUCCCCACCGGAAGCAUCGAACACCGUCCCCCAGCCUCCCCCGUGAAGAUCGUGCGGAAGCUUCCGUUCGGGUACGUCAUCGGCCGUCAGCUGGACAUCCCCGCGCCGCCCCCUCCGUCUGUGACGACGCUGGCAAGAAGAAUCAAGAAGGUGGUGCCGGUGAUGGCCGCGCUGCACCUCCGGUCGAGAUCGCAGAUGGUCAAGAAGAAGGUCGGCCGUGCUUUGAAGGAAGCAUGCCGACGAGGUAGGCACGAAGUUGUGGAAGAAGCCGAGGUCGCCUGCGGGAGCCAUGAUGAUGAAGAUGUGUUCUGGAAGAAGGAUGUGAAGGGGCUUCGCUGCCGGCGGGUGGACGGCGACGAUGCCCCUUAUUGAAAGGGACGAGAGGAUCGAGCGCUUCCAUCCGGUUUCUCGUGGUGUGGAUGAACAAUUGAGAAAUUCGGAUACAUAUCCCACAAAAGACAUCGUAUAAUCCACAAUUCCUGUGCCUCUUUUUCCUAGUAUUCUGAAACAAGUUUAUGGAAUUUUUCAUUGAGUUGUACAGUUUGUUUCAAUUUUUCUUGGAUUGGUCUCUUAAACAUGGCCUAUGCUCCACAAAGGGAGUUGUGCUA